AGUUAGGAAUUUGACUAGCGUUAGGUUAGUUAGGUAUUGCACAUGCUCUGUCUCUUUGAUUUUAAUGACACAAAAGCUUUCAUACCCAACCAAAAUCCUUCACAGUUCUGAGUUCUCCCCUUCGCUCCGCGUAUCCUUGUGUUGCAGUCAAUAAUGCAUUGCUAUUUCCAUGUCACAUAGUUCCAGUUUCCGCGUCUUGCUUGCUCACCCAAAAUUGUUCCUCAAUUGAGCUUAGACAGCAUACAAUAAAUGGGAUGGUAGCUCUUCCUAAUCCUGCAGCAGUAGUACUCGCACAGGCUAAAGCAGCACUUGCUGAAACUUCUUUAAUCAUUCCAGUGAGACUUGAAAUCAGAGAGAGCAGGAAACAAAAAAAUGGAUUCUUUCCCAACCUUUGUCACUGCCAUUCUCCUUCUUCUUCUUGUUCCACAGAAACCUUUGUCUUGCCGAGCAAGUAACGAUGAUGAUCGUGACGGUGCCGAAAGCCCAGUCCUCGGAGGCUGCGUAAUAGCAGCCAUCUAUAACUUCGGGGACUCGUUCUCCGACACUGGAAAUGCCCUGGCGGAGUACCCCGACGGUCCUAUGGGGAACUUCCCCAAUGGCAUGACAAUCCACAAUGCGACCGGCAGAUUUUGUGAUGGACACUUAAUAAUCGACCACAUAGCCGAGGCAGCUGGACUCCCGUACCUGAAUCCAUAUCUAAGGAAAGAUCUGGAUCAGUCGAAAGGGACAAACUUCGCGGUGGGAGGAGUUGGCCUUCUGUCGAACAAAACCAGAACCAAACUGAACGUCCAACUGCCGUUUUCUCAGGAUAGUGUGGACAUCCAGCUGACCUGGCUCGAGGAACACCUCAACAGAACAUUCGGAGACCACGAGACGGCUCGCCGCAAUCAUUUGAAGUCGUCGCUGUUCGUAUUCACUGGUGGAUCGGGGAACGAUUACACGAACAUACGAGGCAACUUCAGCUCUCCACCACUCGAGAAAAUGAAGGCAAUCAUUCCUGAUGUCGUUGCAGCGGUCAAGGACUACUUGAAGAAGCUGAUAAUCGAGUACGGCGUCAGCAAGGUAGUAGUGACAGGUUUGUACAAAGCUGGGUGCACCGUGGAUGUGGGAAUCUUCCAUGACUAUAAGCCCCGCUGCAAUACCUCCACCAAUGCGGUUGCCGCUCUUCACAAUAGAAUCCUGAAGUAAGAGCUCGCAGAGCUGAGAAAGGAGUUCCCCGACGUACUCCUAGUCUACGGGGACAUGUGGGGGCCGACGGGAUGGCUUCUCCACCAUUACAGAACACUAGGUAAAACUAUACAAUGAAAGAAAAGAAAACAGAGGAAAGACGGGAGCAGAAAAAACAGAGCAAACACGCAAAAUAAAUAGAGGGAAAAAACAGAGCCUAAUAUGCAAAUAAGACGACGACGCAUCAUAAUGUUUUGUCUGUCUGUGUGGACGCAGGGUUCAAGCAACCGAGUGACAGAUUUUGUUGUGGGAAUGGCUCAAAGGCAUGUGGCUCCCCUGGGUCACCGUACUGUCAGAACCCGCAAGAGUAUAUGUUUUGGGACGACCGUCAUUUGACUGACCAUUCGUAUCGGGUGAUCGCCAACUUGAUGAUCCCACGGUUGGCUGCUGACCUGGGAUGCGGUAAUGUUAGAAACAGCGGCGGAUCCAGAAUAAAGAAGUGUACUCGGCCGCAUUUUAUUAGUAAAUUAGAAUAGUAAAACGAUAUAAUGAUUAUAGGUUUUUUACAAUGUAAAUUGUACACGACGGUAUUUUAAUUUAGCGAAUGCAUUAAUAAUGAAGUCCACAUCCAUACCAAUAGUAUACACUGUUUCAAAUAAAAUACUUGAGCAAUC